AUAUUGGAUGCCCCCAACAAAGAUCCAACUAAAGCCAAUUAUAUCAAUUAAUUGUACAGUUAUCUAAGGAAGAUUUCUACCUAAUAGAAGAGAAAAACAAUUUUAAUUCCUCGUGCCAUCACUAAUUCAAUAUCGAAUUUCCCAAUCCGUUUUUUUUUUCGAUCUUCGAUUUAGCUUGAAUGCACUACAUCUCAGUUGAUCUCCUACAUAGGCAAAACCAGUCAAUUUUAUGUUCUGUGGCUGUUUCAAUGUGACAUUGUGUUUACAAGUUAUCUACGACUUAAAAGCGUUAAGAAUAAAAAACAAUAACUCAAAAAAGGUCGGAUAUUUUAAAGAAAUAUCCAAACCAAUAUAAAUAUCUGACACAAAGCAGAAAUGCAGGUGUUCCAUGGGCUGUUCCAAAAGAUGAUUUUUUAAAAAGUGUUAGCACAUUGAUAUAUAAAUAAAAGAAAAUGUCCAGCCCCAAAAAGACCUCGAAGUCACCCGGAAGAAGCAAAGCCAGAGGUAGAAGUACUUCAGCAUCUCGUAAAGUUACUCGCAGCCGUAGUAGAAGCUCUGGAAGGAAACCUAAAGCUGAACCCCAACCUGAAGUGGAAACUACAAUAGAGGUAACAAAGUCAACCAAACGUAUCCCACGUCCAUCUGGGAAAUCUCCAUCACGAGUUUCCAAGAGGGAAACAACAGUGACCACUAGAAUAGUAACAUCCAACGUCUCAGCAGAGCAGGAGCAGGCUUCUGUUACCCCUGUCAGAACAUCCUCUAGAAUAUCAUCCAUCCUUGAGAAAGAGAGAGAAGAGUCUGCACGUUUGAGGGAUCAACUAAGAUCUGAAAUGUUAUCGAAUCUUAAGACUCCUCCACCACUGGAGAAGCCACAGCCAACCAAGUCAACCAGAGAAAGUCCUCAUUAUGAGUUCAUGGGUCCUAUAGGAACAUUCUUUCUUAUUUUUCUUCUGCCAUUUACAGUUUAUUACAUCAACUGGACAUGCAGAAAAGGUCGCUGCUCCAUUCUAGAAAUUCCAAAACUUCCCAGAAAUAUUAUUGGUGAAUUUUUUGAAGUGGAAUCAAUGCUGAUCUUCUUAGCUUGGUUUUUCUUCCAAGUUGUGCUUGCAUUAUUACCUGUUGGAUCAGUUUAUGAAGGGCAGCCACUCAAGUCUGGUGGAAGACUCAAGUACAGAUGCAAUGGGUUCUUUGCAUUGAUUGUUAGCCUACUUACCUUAGCAGCAGCCAUCUAUUUCAAAUGCCCUGUAACCAAGAUUGUGGAUAAAUUCUACAAACUCAUGACAAGUGCAGUAGUCUUCAGUAUCUCACUCAGUGUAUGUCUCUAUAUCAGCUCUAGAUUUGUGAAUCCUAAAAAACUGGCACCAGGUGGCAACACAGGCAAUGUAAUAUAUGACUUUUUCAUUGGCCGUGAGUUGAAUCCUCGUGUCGGCUCCCUUGAUUUAAAGUUUUUCUGUGAACUGAGGCCAGGCUUGAUUGGCUGGGUCAUUAUGGACUGGAUUAUGGUUUACAAAGCAUAUGAGACUGGAACCUUGCCUGCCAAUCUAAUUUUAGUUACAGUCUUCCAGACUAUUUAUGUGGCAGAUGCUUUGUGGUUUGAGAGUGCCAUUCUAACAACAAUGGACAUAAUCCAUGAUGGCUUUGGAUUUAUGCUGGCAUUUGGAGAUCUUGCUUGGGUACCAUUCCUCUACAGUCUCCAACCUCGCUUCCUUUAUGAAAGCAAACUUGUUUUGCCUUGGUACUGUCUUGCUCCAAUAGCCCUUUUGAACUUGGUGGGAUACACUAUUUUUCGCCUGUCUAAUUCUCAAAAGGACAGAUUCAGAAGAGACCCUAAAGAUCCCCUAUUUUCAGGAAUGGAAGUCAUACCCACUCAGGCAGGAAAGAAACUGUUGGUCUCUGGCUGGUGGGGACUCUGUAGGAAGCCUAAUUACCUUGGUGACCUAAUUAUGGCUCUUUCUUGGUCAUUAACUACAGGCUUUGGACAAAUUCUGACGUACUUCUAUCCCAUCUACUUUUUGGUGCUUUUAAUCCAUCGUGAACGACGAGAUUUUGAGCAGUGCCAGAAAAAGUAUGGCUCCAGCUGGAAUAAAUACUGCGAGAAGGUUCCUUACAGGAUUUUCCCUUACAUCUACUAAUGUCAGCAUGCUUACCUUUAUAACUAGUUUUAAUAGGGAGAUUUUUAAGCAAACCACAGCAGACACUUGAGUAAUAUUGACAUGUACUAGGUAGACAUCUGUUCCACUGCUUAGUUGCUGAAUUCACUAUUGUAGGCUUAUUUUAGGAAAGACUUCUUGGACACUGAAACUAUAGUUAAUAAUAAUAGCGUGAGCUUACAUGUUCAAAUAAUCAAUUGGAGAAGUGGGUCUUAUAGACUUAAGUAGAGCAAGUCAUCAACAUUCAAAUGUCUCUCAACUGAUCACAAGAGGGUCUAACCAUAAUUUAUAACUAAACUAUUGGUACAUACCUGGUAUAUGCAGUGUCACAAUUGAAAAUGAUUGACGACUUUUUUUUUUCUUACUGGGUCAUUUUUUACAUGGAUAUUUUGUCACCCAUUUCUUGAUGCCCAUUUCUUGGUAGGAAAAUAAAAUGCUUAUGUAUAGACAUUUAUUACUUCAUUAAGUGACAUCAUUGUGGAUGUAGGGCAGCAUUUGACACAAUAUAUUGCUCAAAACAAAACAUGCUGUCUUAAUUAUUUUAUGUAGACAUCUAAUAGCCAAUUUUAUUGAGGGUGUAACUUUUUUUUUUCUUCCACCAACUUUCAUUCUAUCAUUUGUUCUCAACAUUUUGGUUUCAUUUAGUGGUCAUGUUUUUUUUUUAUAUUAGCUCCUGAUUGUCUUAUUCAGAUAGCUUGGAAUUGGUUGAUAGUUUCUUUAGCGACUUAGAAUUAUUAUUUUUUCAUUCCAAGGCACAUGAUGUAUUAUCAAAAUAUUUUUUAUUGCUUUUUUCUUAUUUUUUCAAAAAGCUUUUCAAUUUUUUUUGAAAAUAUCGUUUGCUUGGUGUGUAUAUACAUUGAUAAUUGUAGAUAGAUCAUUGUUUGGGUAUGUGUACAAUUGAUAAUGGUAGCUAGAUCAUUGUGUGUACAAUUGAUAAUUAUAGCUAGAUCAUUGUUUGAUAUGUGUACAAUUGAUAAUUAUAGCUAGAUAAUGAUUGUUUGAUAUGUGUGUACAAUUGAGAAUUGUAGUUUGUUAAGCUUUUUUCGGUCUUUUUUUUUCGGUUUGAUUUUCAUAAGGGAAAAUGUUUUUUAUUUUUAACUUUUUAAAUAUAAUAAAAAUGAAUUCACAUGUGCCUUUAACAAUUUCAGUUUUUGGAAAUUAUUCAAAAAUUUAUAUUAAGUUUUUUUGUUUUGUUUUUUAAUCAGAAAGUGUGGUACAAAAAUGCAACUACUAUACAAACUCUGAGGGUUAGUUUAGCUGAACAACAAUCAUUUAUGAAUAAUUUAAAGGUGCAUUAGUAGAUAAUGCAUAAUUACAGUUUAUUGGAGUGCUUAGUGGUUUGUAAUCAUUAAUGUUGUUUGUUUUAAUACCAGGGUUGUGGAGUUGUUGCCAUUUUGGGUCAAAGUUAUGUGUACAGACUUGGGUUGGUGUGUGACAUAAACUGCUUGAUUACUUAACAAGGGGGCCUGAGUUUGAAACCAGACUCAAGCCAAGUUGGGUUUAUUGAACAUUUAAAAAACGUUUUCCUUUCAGACCUUGUGAUCUAUGGGGCAGAUGUUGAGGUAAUCUGUUUCUAAGGCUAACGAUUGACUAGGAGGUUGUCAUGUGGCCAGCACAAUGCCAACUGCUUUUACUUUCCACAUCUAAAUUCAGAUAGCCAUUAGAGUUGGGUGGACUCUGGGACGCCUUAAAAAUCCCAAAAUUUAGAAUCCCAGUCUUCACAGAGAUUUGAAUACAGGACCCAGGUUCAGAAGCCAAAUGCUCAGCUACCAUGCCACCUGAACAUCUAUAGGCAGCACUGAAACCUUCCAGGUACUUGUGCAAAGCUGUUAAAUUUUGGUACAGACUCUAAAAAUGUAUUUUUGGUCCAUAUUCUUGGGAUCCUCCACAGCCCUGCUUAAAAAUGAAUGUUUAUGUUAUAAAUAAAAUGACAAGAAAAAAAAAACACAAAAGGACUUGUGCAUACUAAAGAGUAAUUGUGUUGCUUGAAGUAACAGGCUCAGCUCUCCACAAGGCAGCUCAAGGAUGGCGCUUAGUCUAAUGCACCUUAGUAUGCAGUCACACAAUACCAGUGAAUGAAAGGAUAGUUGAAACACUGACAUGAGCUUUUCUGUUAAAUUUUUUUGUUUGUUUAAAGUUCUAGUCUUAAGCUUGUAAAAGUAUGUGUUAGCUGUUUUGGAUACUCAAUCUGCUCUACAUGUAAUCAAAAUAUUUUUAAAAAUCUGGUUUCUUUUCUAUUUAUAACUUUCUGCCCCCAAAAAAUAUAUAUUAAAAAAAAACUUCUUUAUACAUCAUCCUGAAUUCUCUCAUCAUUCACUCAUAUGUCAUCCUGAAUUCACUCAUUGUAUAAGGCUGCUGAACAUUUGCAUUGCAAUGUUGCAUCCUCUCAUGUUCAUACUGUAUAAAAUUGCUGUAAAAAUCUGUGUUUUUUUCUUUUGUCCCCAUAACUCCUGUAUGUAACCUUGCGUGUGUAGUCUGUCAUCAGUUUUUAGAUGUUCUCAUUGAAUGCUCCCUCAAAUGUCUGGAUACAACUUUCAGACUACAAAUGUUUUGUUAUCAGCACAUUUGACCAAUGUUAUCACUCUGAUAUUAUUUGUUUGUUUUGUUGAGUUUCAUUCUUAUUCUGAUACACUACAUAACUUUAAAAAAAAACAACCUCUACUAAUGUAUUCUUAACUUUCCUUUCAUCACUCUAAUAUAUAAACAUUUCACAAACUAUAAACAAUGAUUAUAAAUCCAUUCAAGUGAAACAAACCUGUAAUUGAAUAAUUUAUGACCAAUUAAAGUUGUUGAUUUUUAAGUAGCUUCUACUUCCAACAUUUGUUUUGUAACUUUUUUUUUGUGCACAGAAUUUCUUAAGUAAACGUUACUAUCCAUUUAUUGUAGAUAUUUUUUUACAUGGAUGUUUACAUAGCAAUGUAUUUACCUUAAUGUAUGACUUUGAUGUUUGCAUUGGGUUUGUAUGUAAUUAAAAUAAUUUUUAUUUUUAGUGGAAAAUAAAAUAUGUAUACCCUUGUUGAAUUUUUUUUAAUGGCAAACAAUAUUUUUCAGAUUAUAAUUUUUUUGGUCACUAUGCCUUAAUAAUACAUAAAAAAAAAAAUAUAUAGAGGCGUAUCAUUUGCAUCAUAUAGCUUUUAUGUUUAUGUUUUGAGCUUUUAAAAAUGUAAGAUUAUUCAAGUGCCCACCAAUAAUAAGUCAUCAAAUCAGUAACUCAUUUUUGUUAUUUCUCUAAGGCAGACAUUACAAUACAAUAUUUUAUAAUCUUUGUAUUGAGUGUGUAUUUGUACCAAUAAUGAAAGGUCAGAUUUGAAAUAAAAGUUUUCAUUCAGUCCAAGA